AAGGAGAGUGAGUGUGAGUGUUGGGACGUGGGCAUGGCGGAUGGCUCUACUUGUUGCACAGUAAGGCGUGUUCAAUAAAUCUUUUACCCAGGAUACUGCAGACAAUUGGUUCCAAAGUUCAAGGGUAAACUAUCCAGGAGCGCAGAGCACGGCGGAGAACCAGGAGCAGACGAGUCAGAGAGAAGUGUCAAGGUAUAAACACAGACAAGACAAGACAAGACAUGGCCGACAGCACGAGUCCAAAAGGCAGCUCUGGUGACUUUGCUAAAAAAGUGCAAAGACAGCUGAGCAGAGGCAAAGAAAAGGUGCUGCAAAAGCUGGGGAAGACAGUGGUGACCAGAGAUGACCAGUUUGAACAUUGUCUCCAACAGUUUAAUGACCAGCAGACUGAUGGGAACCGGAUAUACAAGGACCUGAGAAACUACAUCAGUGCUGUCAGAGACAUGCGUGAAGCUUCGAGACGCCUCUCCCAGUCCCUGUUUGAUGCUUAUGAGACUGACUGGGCUGGAGAGGAAGAUUUAGGAGCCAUUGUAGAGGGAGAGGACCUCCUGUGGAAUGACUUCGAGGUGAAGCUAUUAGACCAGGCCGUACGCACCAUGGAGUCCUACGUGAGCCAAUUCCCAGAUGUCAAGGAGAAAGUAGCCAAAAGGGGAAGAAAACUGGUUGACUACGACUCCUCCCGUCACCACCUGGAGGCACUGCAGACUGCUAAGAAGAGGGAUGAUGUCAAGAUAAACAAGGCAGAAGAGGAGAUGAAUGCUGCCAAAAGUGUCUAUGAAGGCAUCAACACUGAGCUAAAAGAGGAGCUGCCUGCGCUCUAUGAAAGCCGUGUCGGAUGCUUUGUGACAGUCUUCUCAGCUGUGUCAAAUUUACGAGACAUCUUCUACAGGGAAAUGAGCACGCUCAACCUUGAUCUACAGAAUGUGAUAAAGGAGCUGCAGGCUCAGCAUCCAGACAAAGUGUUUGCCCUGAAGGGAAUGCAACGGUAUGGGUCCCUGAAAAGACGAACUCUGAUAUCCCCCAAGGCCUGGAAAGCCAGCUUCUCUGAGUUUCACAGGAGCUAUAGUCCCAGGCCGAGCCAGAGGUUCAGUUUGAGGUCCCCGGACAAACCUCGCCACGGCACUCUUUCCAGAGAGAGCAGCACCCUCGCAGUCACCCCACAACCACCUCUGACAGAGAGCUCUGAGUCCAGGGACCUGGACGCAGCAUCCAGGGACCUGGACGCAGCAUCCAGCCACAGUGACGUCCCCGGCUCUCCUGCACAAGAAGCCAGAAACGAGCUGAACUCUGGAGAAGGAAGCAGUCAGGUGGAAGAGGAGAAGGGAAAGAAAGAAGAGGAGUCUGAGCUGACGCCUCCUGCAGAAUCUGAUAAUAAGGGAGAAAGUGAGAAAGCUCCACCGAGUGACAGCAGCUCUGAACUAAACAACUCCUGUGACUCAGAGAGUUUGGAGCUCCAGCUGUCUGCAGCAGACGACAGCCCACUGCACAUUGAAGAGGAGGACCUCGACGCUCCUAAACCAAACGGAUUGGAGAAUGGGGAUGUUUCUGGGUUAAACUCUGACACUAAGGAGCUGAGCACUCCUCACAAGGAUGCUGCAGCAGAAAAACAAGUGUCUCUGGACUCAAAAACCACAGAUGUUUAAAAUAUUGCAACCUUAGAGGCACAGAAGAGACUGACGUCAACAGCUGCAGGAGAGAAAAAAUGUGGGACAGCCGCUCUGAAGUGUCCAACUGUGAUGUCGUAAAUGAUAAACCGUGCUUUGAUUUGUUGGUGUUAGUUUAUUUUAUUUAUCUUUUAUUGAAAUCGGGUGUACAU